AAGGGGGAAGGUCUGCAAUGUCGUCCGGUUGGAGAGGCGGCAGAAGUUGGAGGGGUGCCAGAGGGGCUGGCGGCGGUGCAUGGAAGGGGAAACCCUGGCGAGGAAGAGGAAACUGGGACAAAUCCAGGCGGGGUGACGGAAGUUUUCAACAGCUAAAGCCUCAUUCUCGCCUAAUUCAAGGAACUUUGAAUGAGUUUAUACCCUAUAAGGGUUGGAACCUUUAUUUUUCAGAAGUUUAUGUUGGGAGCUCCCCUUCUGUACAAAAGAUUAAAGCUUUUGAAAAGUUCUUCACAAAUCAUAUUGAUUUGUAUGACAAGGAUGAAAUAGAAAGGAAAGGAAGCAUCCUGGUUGACUUUAAGGAGCUUGUUAAUGAUAAGGAGCUAACUGUUCUCAUGCCAAAUUUGGCCACUGAAUUGAGGGAUACGCCAGAAAAAUUGUUGGAUUGCCUGGGUUUGGCAGUUCAUCAGGUAAUAACGAGAGAUCUUGAAAGGCAGGCUGCUCAGUUGGAACAAGGGCUACCAAGUGAAGAGACUGCAAUUGUAAAUGUUCCUUUCAUUCAUGUACGGGUCUUUAACUAUGAGCCUUUGACUUUGCUGAAAGAUUUGCGAGCUAAUUGCUAUGGAAAGUAUGUUUCUUUGCGUGGAACUGUUGUCCGUGUCAGCAAUGUCAAACCAUUCUGUACUAGAAUGGCCUUUACUUGCAAUACAUGCGGAGAUACUCAAAGUCUACCUCUUCCUGAUGGGAAAUACACACUCCCAACAAAGUGUUUAGCAUCAGAUUGUCGUAGUCGAUCAUUUACACCGAAUAGAAGUUCUUCAUUAACGGUUACUGUAGACUGGCAAACUAUCAAACUCCAGGAGCUUGCGUCAGAUGAUAAGCGAGAGGCUGGGAGAAUUCCUCGAACUAUAGAAUGUGAACUUGUUCAGGACUUGGUAGACAGCUGUGUUCCAGGUGAUAUGGUGACUAUCACAGGGAUUGUCAAGGUGGCAAAUAGUAGUGAAGGAAAAUCCAGAAACAAAGAUGACAAGUGCAUGUUCCUCUUAUAUAUUGAGGCCAACUCUAUAAGUAAUAGUAAAGGACGGAGGAAUGUGAGUUCUGAAGAGGUUUCUGGUGAUUCGUCAUCCAUGGAGUUUACACUUAAAGAUCUUUAUGCAAUUCAAGAGAUUCAAGCUGAAGAAAAUCUUCUCAAAUUAUUUGUUAAUUCGCUAUGCCCUGCUAUAUAUGGUCACGAGCUUGUCAAAGCAGGAUUAUCAUUAGCACUCUUUGGAGGCUGCCAAAAAUAUGUGGAUGAUAAAAAUCGUAUUCCUGUUCGAGGUGAUCCUCAUGUGCUGAUAGUUGGUGACCCUGGACUUGGAAAAAGCCAACUUUUACAGGCAAUGUGCAAUAUUGCCCCACGGGGAGUAUAUGUCUGUGGCAACACCACCACCACUUCAGGACUUACUGUCACUUUGUCUCGGGACGGUGGAUCAGGAGACAUUGCAUUGGAAGCAGGGGCUCUUGUACUUGGUGAUCAAGGGAUAUGCUGUAUUGAUGAAUUUGAUAAAAUGGGAAACCAGCACCAGGCCUUACUGGAAGCCAUGGAGCAACAAAGUAUUAGUCUAGCCAAAGCUGGAAUCGUUUGCAAUUUGCCAGCCAGAACUUCAAUUCUUGCAGCUGCUAAUCCAGUAGGAGGUCACUACAGUAAAGCGAAAACAGUGUCUGAGAACUUGAAAAUGGGUAGUGCCCUUCUUUCAAGAUUCGACUUGGUAUUUAUUCUGCUUGAUACUCCAAACGAAGAUCAUGACAACCUUCUUUCAGAGCACGUGAUGGCCUUGCAUGCUGGGAAAAAGGCAGUCUUGAGCAGUGCCUCAGUUUCGCGUCAAAGCACACAAGAUGCGAAUGGUUCAUUUCUUGAAAGUGCACCAGAUAGACCUUUAGCUGACAGAUUAAAGGUUUCCUCUGGAGAAUAUUUUGAUCCUAUACCUCAUCAGUUAUUAAGAAAAUAUGUAGGAUAUGCACGUCAUUAUGUUUGUCCAAAGUUAUCUGCUGAAGCAGCUCAAGUACUUCAAGAGUUUUACCUAGAGUUGAGGAGACAAAAUCAAGGUCCAGAUAGUACUCCAAUUACCACAAGACAACUGGAGUCUCUUAUAAGGCUCACAGAGGCAAGAGCAAGAUUAGAACUUCGAGAAAAUGCAACAAAAGGUGAUGCAGAGGAUGUUGUGGAGAUCAUGAAACACAGCUUAUUAGAUACUUUCUCUGAUGAGUUUGGAAGAUUAGACUUUCAGCGCUCACAGCAUGGAUCUGGUAUGAGCAAACGAUCCCAGGCAAAGCGAUUUGUGGCUGCUUUGAACAGAACAGCAGAACAGACUUAUAAAACUAUUUUUGAAUUUCAACAACUCAAGGAAAUAGCAAGAGAGAUACAAAUACAGGUAUCUGACUUUGAAGGAUUUAUCCAUUCUCUGAAUGAUCAGGGUUACUUGUUAAAAAAGGGUCCAAGGCUUUAUCAGCUCCAAACCAUGUAAUUGCAGGCUAAUCGGGAGUCUGCCUCUCAGACCAAACAUUCUCCUACAGUAAGUGCCUUUGUAGAAUUAUUUUGACCUCGUCAAAGGAAAACAAAGGCAAUGGAAACUAAAAUGACAUUACUUCUGUGGGGUAUGUCUUUUAAGUUAGAGAUCAAUAUAGUAUAGGUGUUGGAAGUAUUUAAUUACUUGUGAUGAAGCACAUUUUUAGUCUUUAGGUUGGGGGGCGGGGGGGAAGGUAGGGAUUGGAAAUUAUACUAGUCAUUCCUGACAGUGCUGUAUACAUUCAGGAUACUUAAUUUUUUAACCUUUGAGUUAGAAGUGGAACUGAAUUGUUUAUUCUGAUUAUUUUCCUUAUCUCCAGAAAUAUUCAGUCUUCAGUAAGGAAACUGAACUGGAGUAGGAUGUUGAUCUUCACCCAGCCAUGAAGGCUUGAAUCUACAUCCUUUUGCACUCCAGAUAACGAGUUCUGGUGUUAGCUAUAUUUUUGAGGGAAGUACAGAGAAGGAUUUUGAGUCAUCAAAAAGUGGAAAGUUGCACUGUACUACUUUAGCAUUAUUGGCAGAGGCUAGUGAAAAUACAAUAGUCACCAUCCUCUGGUGUACACGUUGCUUGGGAGAGUGAUUAAAAAGUAAUCGAAAUCUACAAAUAAUCUCUGUAAUAUUACAAAGGGAAGUUGAGUUUACAUAAGAGACUUUAGUUGAAGUGGUGAGAGAACAGGUGGAAUUAGACCACAAUAUGCAGACAUUUACUUGCCAUUUUAAAAUUGUAUUAUUUUGUCUUUGCCUUUGCAGUUAUAAAUUCGUUUUUAAAUUCAUGAUGGAAACUUCAAAUUUAAACUUGUCAGCUUGUAAUUGUAUCCUGCCAUUUGUGGCUCUAACCCAUUAGAAAUAUGAAUCUAAGAAUUUCUACCAGGAACAUGUUGACUAAAUAUAUAUAGUAAAAGAUUACUUUAAAAUCAGUUGUGGGGACAGAAAAGAAGCAUGUGGAUUAGUUUAAUGCACUUUUUGAUGUUGGAUGUCUGAAAUUAAAGAAAUAAAAUUUGAUGUCAGUUUGCUGGUUUCUUCAACUGAGUUUUAUCUGUGCUCAUCCACAAGUAGGAGUCCACUGUGGAAGUGUGGGUUGUAUAUGGAUUUGAGGCAUUUGGAGAAGUUUCUACCCAGUGUCGGGUGAAGGAAGCGAACAUUUUUCAGCAAAUAUUUUUCCUUGAUUUAAUAACAUUAUUACAAAUAUUAAAUGGAUGAUAUUUUGUCACUUUGCAUAUUUAUUGUAUGGAAAUGCAUCUCAUUUCUGCAGAAAUUUUACUUCAUUAGUAGAAUGAAUUAUCAUUUAUACAAACAUAGCUUUUAGUUGAUUCAAAAAUACUGUGACAUCAUCAUUUUUACAAAUGUACACAACAGUUUUUGUUGGUCUUAUAGAAAUGUAUUUUGAAAACAUAAAAACUACUAAAAUUAUAUUUUUAUUAACAGUCUCAAAAUAAAUGCAAUGUCCACACCUU